AUGUUGGUGGUCCGUAUGCAUGUUUUUUUAGAGAGGUGUAUCGACGAAGCACAAAGUGCUUUUGUGCUAAGUCAAUUGAUUACUGAUAAUAUAAUUACGACGUAUGAGGUAUUGCAUUCGUUUCAGCAGAGGAGAUUUGGAAAGAAGGGUUUUUAUGCACUAAAUCUUGAUAUGAGCAAGACGUAUGACAGAGUAGAAUGGGGAUCUCUUUGGGAAAUUAUGUCUAAAAUGGGUUUUUGCUCGACUUGGAUUGAGAAGGUUCAGCGUUGUGUUUGUUCGGUGUCGUAUUUGGUUAUACUAUAUGGUUUGGCGGGUGAGAAAUUUGUUUCGCAGCGGGGGCUAAAGCAAGGGGAUCCGUUAAGUCCGUAUCUUUUUUUGAUAUGUAGUGAGGGCUUGUCUAGUUUAAUUUGGCAUGCUGUGUUGAGGGAGGAGUUUCAUGGAGUGAGAAUUAAUCGUUAUGCUCCAGUUAUAUCUCACCUUUUAUUCCCAUACGAUAGCCUUAUUUUUGCCGAAGUGACAACUCAAUGGCUCUGCAGGUCAAAUCGGAGGUGUAAGUGUCAUCAAAUCCGAUGCAGUCGAAGCAAGACCGUCACUUUUGCAAAUCUAAAAGACAAGUUCCGAAGUCGUAUAAGGAAAUGGUGUAUCAGAGCGCUUUCGCAAGGUGGGAAGGAGGUAUUCAUCAAGUCUGUUCUUCAAGCCAUUCCGAUGUUUGCUAUGAGUCGUUUCCUCUUACCUAAAACCCUUUGUAAGGAGCUCGAAAGUUUAAUGGCGCAGUUUUGGUGGCAAAAAUCUGACAGAAACGUGGGAUUCAUUGGUGCUCAUGGGACGUGUUCGUGA